CACUGUAUCUUCCCUACGAGUAAAAGUUGAUGGGAAGUUUUUUUUUUUCAAUGGAAUAUAGAAUUUCCAAUGUCUGAUUGUGUUAUCUUAUAUAUUGUCACAUCGUUCAUAACCAAACAAUAUUUAAACAAAAGAAAAAUUAACGCACAUGGGAGAUAACCCAUAGAAAAGACACCAUUUUCUUCUAAAACGUAUCCGGUUUCUAUUACCAAUAUACUACGAUUUAAUUAGUACGAAUUUUUUCAAUCUGUUAAUCUAAGAAAAAUUAUUUUAAAAAUACAUUUUUCGAAAUAAAUAAAAUAUCGAUCUUCUAAAAUGUAAUGAUUCUUUGUUUUUUAUUGUAUUUUAAAGUCAAUUGUUCUUUUACAUAAUGAUAAUAUUAAACAAAAUUCUUUGCAAUCAAAUAUAGAAAAUCGUUCAUCGAUUAGUUCAAUAUCUCUUCCUUUUCUUUCACAACAAAAUUUUUCAAAAAUUAUUUCAAGAAAAUUUCAUUCAAAAAAUUCAUUAUCAUCACAAGAUACAAUUGAACUAAACGAAAAUUUAUUAUUUAAAAAAAAUAGAAGUCAAGGAACACAAACUAAAUUAUUUGCUAUUCUAUUACCAAAAAGUCCAUUAAGUAUAAUGAAACAAGCUAAAAUUGAAGAUCAAACAUUAAUAAAUAUAACACGAACUUGUCAAGUAAAUACACUUUCAUAUUUAAUUAAAACAAAUGAAAAUCAAACAAAAAUACAAUAUUCAUUAGAAAAUAUUUCAAAUAUCAAACAAAUUGUUCUUGAUAAUAAAAUUCGAUUAAAUAAUGAAUUAUUAUCUAAAGAAAAAAUUUCAUCAACAGAAACAAAUCAUCAAAUUUUAAUUGAUCAUGAACAAAUAAUCGAUGUAUCUACUAUUGAAUUCGAUAGAAGUGAAUUACUUGAUAAUUUUCAAGAAGAAAAAAUGAAUUCCACAUUAAUAAACGAAAAGAUUCAUUCGAAUGAAGAACAGUCAGAAGAAUUUAUCUUAAUGUCAUCACCAUUCAAAUGUAUUAACACUUGUGAUAUGAUUGAUUUAGAUGGAUCCAUUACUCCAGUAGUUUCUCUCGUCAACGAUGACAUGAACUUACUAUCGAUAUCAUCUGAUCAACAAUAUUGUCAACCUAUGCAUAUAUCCAAUCUCGAACACACUGAUACGCAGCUUAAGAUUUAUAGAAAAUCUUUCAAUAAUUCAAAUAUUCAUAUUAUCAAAUGCUCUACCAGUAAUAAUAACAAUGAACAAUUAACAUUCAAGCAAAGAAAUCAUUCGUUAGCAUCUAUUGACUAUUUAUCAUCAAAUACUUAUCAAAUCUCAAAAUUAUUUCAUUUAAAACUAAAUUCUUAUCGAAAAAGACGACAAUAUCGAAAUAAAAAACGUAUUUUUAGUUUUCUUCAACGUCAAUAUCAUCGACAAAAAUCAAAAAUUUCUCAGUUACACCUAUCUGAACAUCCUUCUUCAUCGUAUUCAUCAUUGAUAAUGCCAAUGGAUCAUUACAAACAAUUUGAUAACUGUCUAUUGACAACUCAAACUAAUACAAUUAAACAUAACAUGUCAUUUAAUCGAUCUCAACAAUCUAUUAUUAAUUUACAUCUAAAUAAUUCUGAUGAUAUAUGUCAAUAUAAAGCAUAUGAUCAUAUAAUAGUAGCUAGAGCAUCAAAAACUUCUACAGCUUGCAAACAAUUACAAACAUUAUUAAAUAAUCAUGAUACUUUUUUAGAACAAUUUAUUGAUUCACAACUUCUAUUAACAUGUAAUAAUGAUUAUAGAUCAAUUUGUAUUCUUAUUGAUGAUCAUAAACAAUCGGAACAAUAUCGAUCAUCAUUUCUUCAUUAUAUUUAUACAACUUUAUCAAAUACUCUUAAAAAAAUUUUUGAAAAUGAUUCAAUACAAUUAACAUGUAUGAAUUUAGCUUUUUUUAAUAAUUCUCUAUGUGAUAUUAUUAAUAUGCAACGAUUACGUUUGAUUGAUACAGGUAGAAGAAUACUUCUUCAACCAUCAUGUGAAAUAGCAUUAAGAACUCUUGAUGAUAUAAAUAUAGCGAUGAAUCGUCUGAGUACAAAAAUGUCAUUUGCUCAUCAAAUAUUUAUCAUUAAUUUUUAUAGUGAACGAUCAUCUUUAUCUGGUUCAUUUCUAUUUUUACAAUUAGCACCUAUAUGUUCUAUAAGAUCAAAAGGUUUAUUAACUAAUUUAAAUUCAACAACAUAUUCCGUAUUGAAUUUAAUACGACAAUUAAGUAAUGGUCAAUUAUUCAAUCAUAAUAGAGCAAAACGAUAUCUUUUGAAUGACUAUUCAUUAAAUCGUCUUUUGAAAAAUUAUCUAUUUUCUCCACAACAAACAAUGACUGUUAUUACAAUCAAAUCUAAACAACAACAACAACAACAACAACAAAGGAACAUUUAG